CACGUGAGGAUGUGCAAGAAGAUCGCGCAGCUCACCAAGGUGAUAUAUGCUCUGAACACUAAGAAUGAUGAACAUGAGGCUAAUAUACAGGCUCUGAAAGAUGCACAUGAAGAAGAAAUUCAGCACAUUCGUGCUGAGACAAGGAAAACAAUCCUGCAGUAUAAAUGCAAAGCUGAAGAAGAACAGUUGCUUAGAAAGCGUAUCCAAGUCCUUGAAGAUGCAGUAGACCAACACAAGAGACUAAAAGAAGAAGCCCUAGCAGAGUUAACCCUGUUCAAGAAGCAGCUGAAAGAAAAAGAGCUGAGAAUCGAUGUAAAACAAGCAGAGAUGAUCCUUUCCACAGACACAGUGGAUACCAAUGCAGACUUUGAAAAUAAACUCUUACAUUUAUAUCAGCAGCAUGAGGGCCUGUUAGAUGAAUGCAAAGCAACCAGGGAGAACUCGGAUACACGAGAGAUUUUAGAUGAAAAACACAGUGUGGAAGGACAAGCUCUGAUUAACGAGAUGGAAAGCCUGAAGAGUGAGAACCAGAGAGUCACAGAAGAGUGUACACAGAAAACCAGCCAACUGCAAGGCUCCUAUGAGACAGAAAAAGAGACUUUACAAAAAGCUAUGCAGCAAUCCAUGGCAGAGCAGCAGAAGAAUUGUCAACAAAGAGAAUUGGAGCAAAGGAAGAGCUUAGAGGCUCAGGAAGUUUUUUUGCUGCAGCAGGUAAAGAAACUGGAGGUAGACAUGGAGGAGAAAGCCUGGAAGGUAAAUGAGAGGAAGAAACACUCUCAGAAGAUGAAAGAAAGAGUACAGGUAUUUCCCAUGUCAUUCAUACUAGAAAUUCCACAAGUUAUUUAUGCUCUUUUAAAUGCAAAUUUUGCUAUUAUGGAAGGGAUGGGAGCUAUAUUGAAUUCCCAGAACAAAGCCAUUAAUGAGGUAGAUGAACUGAAGAGUCAAAUAAUAGAGCUGCAGCAAAAGACUUCUAUCGAACAGAUCCAAAGCAAGAGACACUGUAGAGACAUAUGUUUGAGAAUUAUUAUAUCUAUUUUCCAGAUUGAAAAAUUGAGCUAUGGAGAUUCAAUUGCUAGAGAUGCAGUGGUAAUGCUGCAAGUGGCUCAGCUGAAGCAAAUGUUAGACCAACAAGCAAGCAAUUUCAAAGAGUCACUGAAGAAACAUGACCUACAGUCCAUCAAAGAAAAAGAGAAACUUUUGCAGGAUCUUCAAAACACCAUUAAAGAAAAUCAGAAUGUUAAGCUGCAGCUGGAGGCAUCACAUCAAAAAAUCUUAAAAAUGUUAGAGAAAAGCAAAAAUCGGGAGCUCAAGGAGGCAGAAGAGCGUUUGAAAAAGGAAUUUAAUGAGACUUUCAAGACCCAACAUCAGUCUCCUAAGCUGGAAAUACAAACCUUGGAGGAGAGAGCAAAAAAAGAAUUACAUGAUGAACUGGAGCAGAUACAGAAGCAGCAAACUCUGUUGCUAGGAUGUGCAAGGCUGGAGCUUUGUGAGCAGCAGACAGUGUGCACGAGGCUCAGACAGCAGAUCCAAGGCCUGCAGGAGGAGCUGCGCGCCGCGAGAGCGCUGGGGAAGCAGCAGGAAGGAAGUAGCCAGAGCCAGAUCAGAUCUCUUCACGAUGAACUGGAAAAAAGCCAGCAUGAAGUUUCUGGUCUCAGGGAAGAGAAUUUACUUCUGAAGGACACAAUGGAGCUACUCAGUGCAGAACUGGGGUCGCAGAAGCAAGAAGCUGCACAGCUUCAGGACAGGGAGAAACAGCACAGAAGGUUACUGAUAGAAGACCUCCAAGUGAAGCAUAAUAAAGAACUCGACUCACUGAAACAGAAUCACCAGAAGGAAAUCGCAAACAUGUUAUCUGAUUUCAGGAGCACUCGGGCACAUCUCCAAGCAAAAAUUUCCUCCUUAGAGACUGAACUUAAAGGAUUAGAAGAAAAGUCAAGAAAGCUGGAGUCCAGAGCAGAAGAUAAACACCUUAUAAGCUGCUUGCAAGAUCAAAUAAGCGAGAGAGAAGAGAUUAUCGAGCAACUUGUGGAAGGAAGGAAGUUUCAGCAUUCACUUUUGGCCAACACUGAAUCCUAUAGGAAUCGAUCCUUUUCUUUCAACCCUAACCUGGGAUGUUUGACUCCUUCCAUGAAGCAGAAGAAACUGGAUGGGGGGCCCAGCCGUGUCAUCAGUGUUCCGAAUUUAGCCUCCUAUGCAAAGAGCUUCUUGAGCUGUGACUUGGGAUCAAGAGGAAGUGCUCCCCAAAUUCCCAAAUCUACAAGCCUGGAGCAGAGCUGCCUCAGAAUGGGCUCCCCAGCAGCCAAGGCCUCGGGAAGCAGAGCUGCCACAAGGGCACACGGCAAUGAAGCACUGCAGAACAAAGAUGACCAAAAACGAAGCCAUCAGCAUCAGGAAUGGUUUAUGAAAUACUUCUCCUUCUAA